UACAAGCAGAGUUAACGUUAUACUAUUUGUCUGCCACCAAUGACCUUCUAAGUGGCUGCUUUAAUACUCAGUAGUAUUUACUUGGUCCAGAACACUGCCAGCUGAGGAUCCUCAUACCUUGCCAGCACUUUCUGCGAUUACGACUGACGCUUUCUGUCUGGAUGCCGGAAGAUAUAGUGUCCCAGUACCAGGCUGUCCCCAGCCAGCUUGAGAAGCCAUCUGGAAAUGCAAUCCUGUGCAGCAACUGUGAAAGCCCAUGUAAGGGGGAGGUUCUGAGAGUGCAGAAUAAAUAUUUUCAUAUCAAAUGCUUCACAUGUAAAGUAUGCGGGUGCGACUUGGCCCAGGGAGGAUUUUUUGUGAGACAAGGCGAUUACAUUUGUACUUUGGACUAUCAAAGACUAUAUGGAACGAGGUGCUUCAGCUGCGAUGAAUUCAUCGAGGGAGAAGUUGUUUCUGCUUUAGGAAAAACCUACCAUCCCAGAUGUUUUGUUUGUGCUGUUUGUCGAAACCCUUUUCCACCGGGCGACCGAGUUACUUUUAACGGCAAGGAAUGCAUAUGCCAAAAAUGUACCGUGUCUCCGACUGUUGGAAACAGUAACUUCUGUAUUCAGGCUCUGAGAAACUGUGGCGGAUGUGGCUUGGAAAUUAAGAAUGGGCAGUCAUUGGUAGCUCUUGAAAAACAUUGGCAUUUGGGAUGCUUCAAAUGCAAAACAUGUGGCAUACUUUUAAAGGCAGAGUACAUCAGCAAAGAUGGGAUCCCUUAUUGUGAAAUGGAUUACCAUGCUAAGUAUGGCAUUAAAUGCGACCACUGUGAACAGUUCAUCACAGGCAGAGUGCUGGAGGCUGGUGAGAAGCACUAUCACCCAACCUGUGCACGAUGUGUCAGAUGCAAUCUGAUGUUUGCAGAAGGUGAAGAGAUGUACCUUCAAGGCAAUUCAAUAUGGCAUCCUAUAUGUCGUCAGGCCGCUAAAUCAGAAGAGAGAAACAAGGAAACAAGAACAUCUUCAGAAAGUAUUAUCUCAGUACCGGCAUCAAGCACUUCUGGAUCCCCUAGUCGAGUUAUAUAUGCAAAACUUGGGGAUGAAAUUAUUGACUACAAGGACUUGGCGGCUCUACCUAAGAACAAAGCCAUCUAUAAUAUUGAUCGUCCUGAUAUGAUCUCCUAUUCUCCAUAUAUCUGUUACUCUACAGAUGAUAGACAUAGUUAUGGGGAGGGAGAUCCGGAUGAUCGGUCAGUUAAACAAUACCGGGCAUCUAGUCCAAGCUCGACGGGGUCAUUAGGUUAUGGUCGUUACACCCCAACAUCCCAUUCACCCCAGCACUACAGCAGACCAGUUGGUACUGAGCCUUUUGGUACCAGUAGCUGCCUCUCUCUGUCCCAACACACAAGCCCUACAUCUGCUUUCCAGCAUCAUUACAUCCCUUUCUUCAAAGGCAGCGAAAGUGGGCGCAGCACCCCAAGCUUAUCCAUGUGCUCAGACAGCAAAUCUUCACCUUCUUCCUAUCACCAAGCACCUAGACAUUUCCAUGUUCCAGACACUGGAGUUAAAGAUAACAUCUAUAGGAAACCCCCUAUCUACAAACAGCAUGCAUCAAGAAGAUCCGAAGGGGACGAAAUCAAUUUAGAUCCAGAUAGUAGCAAGGUGAAAACAAAUUGGCUUAUUCUCAAGGGAGAGAUUGACGGACAGUGUAACUCCACAGAUACCGAUACACGGUCAUUGUCUCACAGCUCUGGAUCCUACAGAGAUGCGUCGAAGAACACUCAAGGUGAUGGGUCUUACAACAGUUUACUAUACUCCAAGUCAGCAUCCCUUCCUGGUUAUGGUAAAAAUGGUCUAAAUAGAGCUGCUAAUUUUGGUCAGUUCCAUUUGGAUGACGAUUCCAGCUGGGGCAUGAGAGAUUACAAGAUCUAUCCCUACGAAACAUUGAUUGUAACGAACCAAGUGCGAGUGAAGUUGCCAAAGGAUGUGGACAGAACCAGGCUGGAGAGACACUUGUCAGUCGAGGAAUUCCAGAGUGUCUUUGGGAUGACAAUUGAAGAAUUUGAUCGAUUGGCACUUUGGAAACGGAAUGAUCUGAAGAAGAAAGCAUUGCUCUUCUAGCCUCGUUUAGAUGGGGAGACCACUUUUUGCACCCAGAUACUGUGGAUUACCAUCUAAGCUAUCUGUGCACCACUGGAACUGUAAGCCACAGCAGCUGGAGUAGCAGCGGUUGUCUCUCAAUACCCAAGCAAACACAUCGACAUCCCCUCCCAGACUGACAUCUAUUCCUGCCGAUGGCUAUUACCAUUCAUAUUAUUCUGGAAACAAAUGCGCAGACAAUUCUGAAGCAGCCAGAUGAUGCAGAAACAAUGGUAACCAAUGGCUGGAAACAUUUUUUUCAUUAUUUUAUUUGCCGUACGUACUCCGUGUAAUGAACCCAGAAAUACAAUACUCUCUAGACAGCUGUCAAUGUGUACCAUGGAAAUCUCACCAACAGUAUGCGUAAUCAAUUAAUCUGUUGCUGUAAAAUUC